CUGCCUCUGACCACGAAAAUACCUCCCAAAGAAACCUAACCUCCACUCCCACUCCAACCAAGGACCCUUCAUCAUCUCGCCCUUCUGCCAUUAUCCGCCCGGCAUCUUCUUUUUUCUCCCCAACCCGUUUGUGAAACUAACCACUCGCACCGCUAGCAUUCUGACGCCAUGAUGCCAACUUGGCCAGCGCAGCAAGCGCCGAGCGUAACUCAGCAAACCGUCCCGACAUCUUACGCCUACCCAACGAAUCCAGCCUUCAUUCCCGUAGCCGUUCGUCAAGGAUUCAGUCAGUACGCAGCGCCAGCUGCUCCUUAUGCCGGCUACGUGCCUCCACAGCCCCCGGUGCAACAUCAAAUGUCUCCCGCUUCUCCCGUGAAUGGUGUAACCCCGACACCUGAGCAAGCCAAGUCCAAAGUGGACUGGCCCGAAUCUGUUCGGAGCUAUGUUCAAAGAUCUUUCCUCCCCCAAAAUGACGAACCCACCGUGUCUCGCGCGGAAAUCGAGGCUAAACUUAAGAGCACCAUCGGUACCGCAAAGGAAAACGGCACGUUAUACACACUCGAUUGGGAUAACAUGCCCCUCCCACAGGCUAUAGUCAAAGCCGAACGUGAUGCGGAUAUCAAGCAAAGUUUUAAUGUCCCCAUCAACUCCAAGAAGAGGAAAUCUACCGAUUUUGCCAGUAAUGACAACCCCCAGCCUCCGUGGCGUACUAACUCGCGUUCUUCACUUGAGGACCGUAUCUCCUAUCCUUCCCCCGAAAAGCGUGCUUCUAUGGACGAGCCCCUGCCGAAAUCAAGUAAGUUCCAGAAGGAAGCCAACAAGCGCAAGCGACGGUUCGAGAACGAAUACAAGUCGCUCAGAUCGCCCAGUCCGCCUCCGCCUUCAUCUGGACCUAUUAUUGGCACAUGCGAGGUACUUGAGAAGAAGUAUCUUCGUCUUACCGCUCCUCCAGUUCCGUCCAAGGUUCGACCUGAACACAUUCUGCGUCAAACUCUAGAACUUCUGAAGAAGAAGUGGAAGCGGGAGAGCAACUAUUCGUACAUCUGUGAUCAGUUCAAGUCUAUGAGGCAAGAUCUGACUGUGCAACAUAUCAAGAACGACUUUACUGUUUCCGUUUAUGAAAUUCAUGCCCGAAUUGCCUUGGAGAAGGGGGAUAUUGGUGAGUAUAAUCAGUGCCAGACCCAACUACGGUCAUUGUAUGGCAUGGGCCUAAAAGGCAAUCCCAUUGAAUUCAAGGCAUAUCGCAUUCUUUAUUUCAUCCACACGGCCAACCGAACUGGAUUGAACGACACUUUGGCAGAUCUAACCACAGCAGAGAAAGGAGAGAAGCCGAUUAAGCAUGCUUUAGAAGUGCGAUCAUCAUUGGCGUUGGGCAACUAUCAUAAGUUCUUCCAGCUUUACCUUGACACCCCUAACAUGGGUGCAUACCUGAUGGACAUGUUUGUUGUUCGAGAACGGCUUGCUGCGUUGUGCAAUAUUUGCAAAGCAUACAAGCCGGAUGUGAAACUUCGAUUCAUCACUGAGGAACUCGGCUUCGAGUCUGAUGCUGAUGCAGCCCAGUUCAUCAUCGAUCAUCAAGGUCGACAUUUGUUGGAAGACCGAACAGACUACAUCGCGUUUUUGACUGGGAAAGCCGGUCCCCUCUUUGAGGGCGCGCGCAGCACGGCGUUCCAAAAGGUUGAUAUCAAGGGCCAGAUCUAAACCUUUACUGCUUCUUUCUCGGAUUCUUUUUUUUUUUUUCCCUUUUGCGUUGCGACUUCUAUCGACGUCUCACGGCUUGAGACUUGACCGUCGUUAUGUUUAUCGACGAGACAUGAUGAUACUUUCACACUUGUGUUGCGUUUUCAUUCAUGUGGACGACUCGGCGUUUUAUACCCCCAUUUCUGCUUAGGUGGCAACGAAAUGACUUCCAUUCUACUACGCACCACCCGGGACUAAGUCUAUGCAUAAGUCUCUUAUGCUGCUUUGCCUUGGGCUUUGAUCAAUUAACCGUAGCCUCGAUACCAGCUUUCCAUUCUAUCGACCGAGGCGACACUAUUUUUGUACGACAAAUAAAAAAUUUGGAUGUUCGGUGGGAACUUAGAUGCAGUGGGCUUGAUGGGAAAACUCAGACAGGAACUCAACGUCAUCUCGUUCCUGGUACUGUUGAGGUCGGUAAUUGGCUUGUGGAUUGUUGGUUGGUCUUGUAAUCGUCAGCUUUAUCAUUGCAAAGUGAAUGGCGUACUGGCCUCAACAGGAAUCAGGACGAGCUUGAUGGGACGAGUUUUGGCGUUUCUGGGAGUUGUGGGUUAGUAAUUUUUAACAAGUAAGAAUUGAUCGUAUUCCAGUUUUUCGAGGAAAUGAAAAGCCUAUGGUCUUUCUGUUUGUGAUGUUGUGUUGACGU